UAGUGCCCCCCCACCCCGCCGACAUUACGGUAAUCUCCAAUGCAUUGUGGGCAAACAACCACAACACCUACAUGUCCUUGCCCCACUGCCCGUCGUUGUUUAAUGUUCUGAACGUCCAGCGAUAUUAUGGUUUAGUUUUAUACACAUAUUCUCCAUAAUCCUGUUGCAUUGAGGUCCUGAGUAAGUAACGAUGUCUGCCUUUGCGUCUUUGAUGAGAAGUGGAAUAACCAUUUGUCAGACGUCGAUACAGCAGUGCACGAGACAAUUCUCUACAAGUCUGUGUUCUCGCAUACGGAUGCAUUCCAUCCCUCAACCAAAGGUGGUCGACCGAUGGACAGAAAAAAGAAGCAUGUUUGGGGUCUAUGACAACAUUGGGAUUCUGGGAGAGUUCAAAGUGCACCCCAAAGACACUGUGAAAGGGCCCAUCUGGCUUAAAGGUUUCCGUGGCAAUGAGUUGGAACGCUGUAUUCGUAAAAAGAAGAUGGUGAAAGACAGGAUGAUGGUGGAUGACAUGCACAACCUGGACAAGCGUAUCCGCUUCCUCUAUCGCAGAUUCAACCGCUAUGGAAAGCACCGGUAAAGCAAGUUCCGGACACAAGAGCUUGACUUCUUUUUGGAUUUUCUUUUUCUAUUUUACUUUUCUGCAGACUGGAUGUUUUUGUAUCUAGGCAAUGCAAUGGGGCUCCCUUGUUUCCUAUAAAUGAAUGUGGUCCUUCAUACAUGUACUGUAAAUAUAUUGGCUGAAUUACCAUGAUUCCCAUGAAUUAAACAUUAAAAAUACA